ACUUGACAGCAGGUACAGGCAUUUUUACAGGGCAACUCUAUUCGGCACAACACCCCCGGAUAUUAUCUUUCGUCCUCUGGUUGCUCAGCUCUCCAGCUUUCAGUCGCCCUUCAGUCCUGUCAGGGACAGUCCACGUCUCCUUUAAAACAAAUACAGCUUUUAACUUUAAACCAUGGCUGGGACAAUUGCACGCAAGGCCAUCGACCACCUGAAGAGUAAAGAGUUCCGGGAUUAUUUGAUGAGCACGCAUUUCUGGGGUCCUAUUGCAAACUGGGGUCUUCCCAUCGCUGCCAUCUCAGAUAUGAAGAAGAGCCCUGAAAUUAUCAGUGGCAGGAUGACCUUCGCUCUGUGCUGUUACUCUCUGCUCUUCAUGAGAUUUGCUUACAAGGUUCAGCCUCGCAACUGGCUCCUCUUUGCCUGCCAUUUGACCAACGAAUCGGCACAACUGAUCCAGGGAAGUCGUCUCAUCAAAUACAACAUGGAGAAGAAGAUCGGAUCUUAGUGGUGAGGUGAAAUCAGUGCAAUAUUGCAGAAGGCUUCUUCAACAACCUACUAAAUUGGGACUCCGUAACUCCUUCAUUAAACAUCUUAUCUGAUCUGCGAAGUUGUUGCACCUAUGCCAGUUUUUUGUUUUAACUGGAUUGUACCAUAAUUGAUCACAUUUCAAUGUUCACUUUAAUGCACAAAACAAUAAAAAAUACAAGUUUUUCUCCAGUAAUUAAGAUCAACUGCUGUGAUUUCAUUAUUUUAAGGUUUUACAUGGAGUAUGAUCUAAUUUAAUUAAACUGGCGACAGGUGCUUUAUACACAGCUGCUGCAAACUUUUAAAAUAGACUCACACAUUCAGUUUUUAUUAUUAAUUAAUUAUACACCAUUAGUAAAAUAAUAUUGUUACACUGUAUCCUUUUAAAACAUGGACAUUUUAACUGAUUGGAGGUCAGUUUGAGAUAUGAUUGUAAUUCUGGAGAAACUUUGUCAUCCAUAUUGCCACCUUUUUUUUAAAUGCAUGGAAAUGUGUUCAGCUGAAAACAAAAUUAAUCUGUGAUUAUGGUUUCAGUUUGGGAUGAUUUUAUUUCACUAUGAGAAAAAGUGAGAAUUAGAAAAUAUUUGAAUGAACAGAUGUAAAUAUGGAAAACAUAAGGCUUUGUUAAAAAGCUAAGACUGUUCACAUUAUCAUCCUGUAAGACUGAUCCAACUAAGGGGCUUCUGUUAAGUGCUGACCACACAUGUAGUCACAUCCAGGUCACAUUUAAUGUCCUUGUAUGAUUGCUCUAAUUUUUCCUGGUGAUUGUUUGGAUUCUUUAGACUUGUUUAAAUAAACUGGACUGGAAAAACAA